UCUGAUCAGACUCAUCUUAUGCAAAAGAACAAAUCGCAAGUCUGACUGUAAACCAAGCCAGUCAGCUUAGCCAAUCACAACCAGCCUUCGUCUCCUAUAAGAGUUGGGUGCGUCCGUCAACACACAGGAUACAGACUGCAGAGCUUCAACGAUGAUGCCACUUUACAUUUUUCUUGUGCUUCUCAGUGAAAACUGUGUGGUGUCAGCUGUUAACAAGACCUCAGGUAUAACUCAGGACAGUGGAGUCAUAACAGCUAAAGUUGGGGAGAAUGUGACUUUAAAAUGCUUUUGUCGGGAUGAUGCUGUAACUUUUCUCUCUUGGUACCAGCAAAGCUUGGAAGGCAAACCUCUUAUCAUAUCAUCUCGGAUGAAGCAAAGUACCGAAGCUUCCAUCUUCCCUGCGUAUAAAGAAAGGUUUAAGGUCUUAGCACAAAGUGAAGAAGGCACCAACCAUCUCAUAAUUAAAAAUCUUCGCAUGUCGGAUUCGGCAACAUAUUACUGUGGGAUUUUAGAAUUCAACGCAAUCGAAUUCGGACAUGGAGCUUUCCUUCAUGUCAAAACACCACAGCCCAUCAUCCAAGCUGUGGUCCAUCAGCCAGCAAUGGAGCCACUCCACUUGGGAGACUCUGUGAAUUUGAGCUGUACGGUGAACGCUGGAGCAUGUGCAGGGAAUCAGAGCCUCUACUGGUUCAGACAUGGUGUGGCUCAGUCUGCAGUCAUGUAUCACAGUGCGGGACAGUGUAAACAGCUCUCCAAUGAAGAGUCUAACAUGAGCUGCACUUCAAACCUUGCUUUAAAGUCCGUGAGCUUCACCGAUGUCGGGAUGUACUACUGUGCUCUGGCCUCCUGCGGGGAUAUUGUGUUUGGAAGUGGAACGAGAGUGGAGAUUGAAGGAGUCUCCCUUCUCUUGGUUUAUAGCCUGAUUGUGGCAUUGGCAGUGUCCAUUAUCGUGCUCCUUGUCUUGGCUUUCAUCAUGUACAAGUUGAAAAAGAAGUCAUGCUCUGUCUGCAAAGGAUCUGUCACUCAUCCGGCAUGUCCCGCAGCUUCUGACGCCAUGAACCAAGAUGCAGACGUUCUCCAUUAUGCUGCUCUGGGCCUGAAAACAACCAGAGAUCGACACCGCCGAGAGGACAACGCGGAGAGUGUUUGUGUAUACUCAAGAAUAAAGAGCAGGAAAGAGUAAAGUAGGACAUUACAUUCAACCACUUCAACAAAUGAUAUCUCUUUCAUGUCAAUACUUUGCAAGACACUUCACAUGACUAAAUGUACAAUACAAUGUUGAAAUACAAUAAAAAUGUUUUUGUGAAAUGUGUUUCAUUUCAAAUAUCUUCUAAUAUAUACUGAAUACAGAUAGAGACAAAGCACGCUCAUGAAAAUCCCCUACUACGAUCUAUUAAUACAUUCUUUUGCCAGAAACGUAAGCACAGGUUGCACCUUAAAUCUAUAGCCGGUUCUCACCGUUUACCUUUCACUCCUGUGGUGAAGGUGGUGUGAACUACAGAGUGCAAGUUUCCAUUAGUGGAAACACAAGUCCUAGCAGAGCGUUUACACAGGAAGACCGGCCUGUAGCUUCCAGGCCACAGCGUGUUACACCUCAGACAGUGAACCCUAUCUCAUUGAACUUGCAAAACAAGUCUUAUGUCUUAGAUGCAGAAAGCUCGCUGUGCAUAAGAACAAGUAAAAGCAGGCAGUAUUUUCUCAUUGAAAUGAACUGAAGAACAAUAGACUUAGUGAGGUGAAAGAAGGUUUACAUACCUACAACUCUUGCAGUCCAGAUUUAUGUCUUAUCUUGUGCAAAGACUGGUCUGAGUGAAGCUUUCCAUUCAGUGGAUCCAAAUAGUGUUUUAGUCAUCAGUAACGGAAGUUUCACAAUUUCAGUUCCCUAAAACUCUUACUGUAUGUCGAAACAUAACCCAAAGAUAUGAUUUUCUAGG